GACGUGGCCACAUAGAAAGUUCAGCUCUAGAGAGGAACUUUCGCGCCAUCGCGAUGGCGGGACAGCCCGAAGACAGCCGGCGUUCGAGACACGAGAACACGACGAACACGACGAACACGACGAAUACGACUUCUAUCGAGCAGAAAAAUACGGGAAUGAAUACUAACGUUUUUGUAUCGGGUUGUGGCAACGUGCUAGUAGGAAACGGCCAAACCAUGACCGUCAACAGUGAGCAUGUUCAUUACCACAAUGAACCAUCACAUAAUUUUCAUUCUUCUCGUGGACAACACAACAGAGGUUAUAGUCAUGGAUAUGGUCGAGCUCAGCCGGCACCUUGGCAUGAUGACAGACAGAGAGAACAAGCUCGGGCUGCACCAGCUGCUCGUACUGUUGUACCAUCGCAUGAGAGAGACAGUGCUCCUGCAACCAAGUCUUGCUUCAUUUCCUAUUUUGCCGAGAACGACACGGAUCGAAACCGCGUCCUCUGGCUAGCCGAUAGUCUACGCAACGCUGGCAUCAACACAAUGGUCGACAUCUACCAAGAAGACGACCCACCAGAGAGCUGGCCACAGUGGAUCGAACAACAGAUAAUGACAAAAGACGUUACUCUCCUCAUCUGUUCUCUAAAAUUCAACGAGAUGCGUAUGCAACAAGCCUGUGUCCAUGACAAGGGGCGAGUGCACUUUGAAGGUACCAUCAUGUACAGCCUGCUGUCGAAGGCGACACCGAAGAGAUUCAUUCCUGUGUUUCUGGGUGAAGACAAUCCACCAAAAGUCGAGUUUAUUCCGCCAUCUUUGCAGGCAACAACAGUCUAUCACUUGAAGGUGAUGCCGCCUGUGCUGAGCCAACCGGGUCACGAAGAUUUCACUUCGUUGUAUGCGUUUCUGACCGGCCAGAACCGAGCGGCUGCUCCUCCAAUUGGAAGAAUCGUUCGACUGUCGUGAGGAUUUUGAUUAAUUGUUUGUAGGGUAGGCUGUGCUUUGAACGUUUAUAUUGUGCUCGUGGUAGCAAUUAUUGUAUCUCAGUUUGUAGUGAGGACUUUGAUAGUAUUGA